GUUUUCUUGCUGGUGAGCAGUUGUUGACUCACUCUGUGCUUUUUGCUCAUCAGUGUCGCCUCCCCCAGUCACAGUGAGGAAACAACCCUUUCCACUCCCAGCUUUAAAUGGCUGUAACGUGCUGUGCUGGGAGACGCCGAGAGACAAACAGCUUGUUAAAGCAGAAGUGUGAAGAAGUAUGUCGCUGUUGAAAAUGGAGGUUUCAUGUAAUAACUUUCAGGCCAACGUGUUCGACCAAAGCAGAUGCCAGAACUGCUUUAAAUCCCGGGAGCUGCACGUGACGACGCGCGAGGAAAUGGAGCAGGUGAAGCCCAUCUAUGCGAGCUGGCUCUGCCUUGCCCCUGAAGGGCUGGACUUCGACAAUCCAAUGCAGCGGUCCCGGAAAUGGCAGCGUCGCUUUUUCAUCCUGUAUGAGCACGGCUGCCUAGAGUUUGCGCUGGAUGACUUGCCCGGUACAAUUCCCCAAGGAACUGUGAACUUGCAUCAUUGCAGUGAUGUGAUUGACGCAGAGGGCAGAACAGGACAGAAAAACACACUGUGCAUCAUCACUCCAGACCAAGAUAUUUACAUCCGUGGAGACAGCAAAGAGAUCAUCAAUGGUUGGUGUGAGCAGCUUCUAAUUUUCAGACAGACCAAUGAACAAACGCGAAGGAUUAAAGGAAGCGGGAUGCCUGUUCCCUUACAGGAGGAAGCAUCUACAAUGAAAUCUGUGUAUAACCUUGGAGAUGCAAAGAUAGAAGCAGUAGAAGAUGAACGGUGUAACCCAAGUGAGGAAACUGAGGAUAUGAACACCUUCGACUCAAGCAAGUGUGCAGAAAAAAGAAUUGGAAACUUGAAGACUCUGGACAUUAAGCAGGAGACCCACAAUGUAGACACACACCAAGCUGACAUUGGAUCAGUCCAGUUGCCCUUUGAGCAUCAACUGACCCCUCUCCACAACCCUGGGGCAAGGAAAGCUGUAACUCGUGACCUGUCUUCAUCUGACUUGCCACUCAACAGAAGUGCUUCAAAUUCUCGUUGUUGGCAAGAUGAUGAUGAUGAUGCAGAGAGCUGUGCUAAAAAACGUCCUAAGGCCUCAUCAUUAGCAAAGUAUAUGGCACAAGGAAAUCUCCAAUUCGGAACACAACAAGAUAAGGACGGCAAGGAUUCUUGCUUGAUCAAGGACAGCAUGACUGAGGAUGACUGCUGGACUAAUGAAAAUGAAGAACAGUGUAAAAUGUGUACACAGUGCAGCAGGAGUCACACGGGCUACAUGGAGAAGUCAAUAGGACUGCUGGAAUCACCAGAAUGCAACAAUGCUACACUGAGAAGAUUGCAGACAUUAGAAGUCAAAUCUUCAGAGUUUGCCAUGACGCCAGACCUUUUGAACUUCAAAAAAGGGUGGCUCUUCAUGGAUGACCACGAUCAGUGGAGGAAGUACUGGUUUGUCCUGUCUGCUCAUAGCCUACGUUAUUACUUUGACUCUGAAGCAGAGGAGUUGGUAGGAGAAAUUGACCUGACUACCUGUCACAGAGUGAGUGAGCUUCAUGAUCAGAGGAACUUUGCCUUCGAAAUAAGGACUCAUAGAAUGGUCUACAAGAUCUACACUAUGACUGCUGGGAUGCGACAAAACUGGAUCCAGGCUCUUACAAAGAAUAUUCAGGAUCAGACUGCACCAGAUGUUGCCAGCAUUCCAGAUAACUGGCCGUCUAGAGUGGGUCCUCGCUGUGGGCCAGAUGUUACCCAAGAAUCCAUGUCUUUGUCUUGCCCUCUCAAUGACGAGUGCUGUACAAACCGGAGGUCUGAGAUCUGUAGGCGCCAAAGCCACCCUAAAAAAUCCAGCUGGACUGACAUGUUAACCCAGGAAGGUACCAGAGAACAAGAGAGGGAAGUGCAGUAUGGAGAGCAGGGCAUCAACAGGCGAAGGGGAAGAGAGGAGCGCAGGCAAAAGUAUGCCAUUGUGAUGGGGUCUUCAGUAUCCCCCUUAGAUGAGAUGAACAGCUCUGCACAGGAGAAUCAGCAGCAAGAGAGAAUGAGGGAGAUUGAAGAAUAUUGGCAGCAGGUGGAGCAGAUGGCUGUCAGAGAGGAGAAGAGAGUGCAACUUUACCCAGUAUGCCAGAGCCAGGACUGUUUUGAACAGAAGAAACUUCUAGAACAUUACAGGAAGAGGGUUGAGGAACUGAUUAUCCAGUCAGAGUCGCCUAAUCAGGACUACUCACAAGAUCAUGAACAUGGUACAGACAGGAGUUUGGUGCAGGUGCCAACAUGUGACUUGGGAACAGGAUGGGAACCUCAGAAAAUAGGUUCAAAUAAAGAAAACCACACUCUGACUGACAAGUACCAAGAGACCACAGGGCUUGUUCAUUUGAAAGAUCUAAGAAGACAACAGAUCAAUGACCUCCUGGACCUUCAACUUUUAUCCCAGUCCAGUAGUGAAUUCACAAAUGAACCUAAACGAAAGGGAGAACGCUAUCUUCUGCAUGACGGAAUUACUUCUGACAAACCCAUUAACAGUGAAGAUAAUGAAUCAGAUCAAGCUAUGGUAAAGCUGUUAUCUCAGAAAGUUGAGUUCCUGAUGAAACAAAAUGAGGACCUUAACCAGCGGAAUCAAGAACUGUUAAACCAGCUAGCUGAAGCAGACCGAGAGAUAGACAGGCUUAAGGCAGAAACUAUCUACCAACCAAAUGGCCACCAGCCAGAACUGGAGUCUGUUGUUGAAUGUUUGGAAUUGGAACUGGCCAGGAGCUGUGGGAAACUCCAGGAGGCAAAGGCCCAGCUAGAAGAAAUGGAGGACAAUUUAAAAGACACUCAUCAAACUCUAGAGCUGAAAGAGGCUACACUCAGAGGUCUGGGAUUUUUAACUGUGGACAGUGAAAACAAAGUAACAUUUCCAGAAAUAAUUGACAGACUCCGCAAGUGUGUGCAGGUGCUGGAGUUCAAAGUCUCUGAGCUGGGGAACCAACAAUGGCUUUCAACUCUGACUUGCAAGGACCUGCAGACCAAGAACACACUUCUUGUGAAAUCGGAGACUGAGAAUGCUCAGAAGGUAAUGGAGUAUGACAAGAUGUUGGAAAGCGAGUUGGAAUCUAAUAUACCCCUGUCUGAAGGACUGACACAUACACAAGACCAGCAGCAUUGGAACAGAAUAGAAACACUUGCAGCAGAGCUAGAGAAGAGGUCCAGUUUGUUUAGUUUGUUUUUAGAAGUCAUCACUCAACUAGCUGGAAAUAAGAUGACUGAUUCUGUCUCAGAGUCUGAGGCUGUACAGAUGAACCCCAAAGUGUUAAGCAGACUACAGUUAGAAAAUAACAUUUGGAAAAGCUUUGUGAACACCUUAAAGAGCACUACCUCUAAUAACAUUAAGAACGAGGAAGCUGCCUGUCUGCUACAGAGUGCAGAGAUGAAACUAAAUGAAGUUAAAAUGUACUUUUCAGCCCUCAGCCUUUACAAAAGUACGAAUAGUAACCCACUGACCCUGAGCAGCAAUUCAGAAUAUUCGGGCAAUACAUCUUCAACUAACACGUACAUUGUUGGUUUAAAUAAUGGAAAAAUGGAAAAGGAGCAAAAGGAUGCAAUGUGGGAAGGUCUAAAAGAGCACAUGGAGCAGAGAUUGAUUCUGAUUGAUCAUGUAACAUCUAAAUUAGAAUCAUUUGCCAAUAAUGGACAUUUUUGUGAGGCGAUAAAUUCAUAUCUAAAAAGUCAUAUUUGUAAUAAAACAAAUGUGUACUAUCCGGUGAUCAGUGUAGUCAUGGACAUCAUGGCUGCUUGUUUGGUAGAGAAGCUGAGUCAGUCUGAAAUUAUGCAAAAAUCUGUAGCAAUACAAACUGAAAUCCAAGAGAUGAGCAUGGAACAGAACAAGAUGGCUGUUAAUGAAAAUCCUGAGGUCAAUGAAGACACUGAGAAAGAAACCAUUACCCGUUUGAAAAGUCAUAUUAAGGAGCUGGAGCACCUGUUAUCCGAAAGACUGAUGUCUUUACAGCAGCAACAUGCUAUGGAUAAGGAGAGACUGAAGGCUUUAUUUGAACAGAACAUUACCUUGUUGAAGGAGUCUCAUAGGAAAGCCACAGAGGUCCUGCUCCUCAAACACAAGCAAGAGCAGGAAUUGUUUCAGGAGGAUAAAGAAAGACUUCUAACUGAAGAGGUGUCUGCCUGUCUCACUGUUAUUGAAGCCAUGAAGAGAACCCAUAGAGCAGAGCUGGAGAAAAUGAUACAGAAGGCAUGUCAGGAGAAGACCUAUAAUGAUGACAUGAAUGUUGAUGUUAUAUUAAAAAAUCACAGUGAGGAGUUGUCAGCAGUUCAGAGGGAGCUGGAUGCAUUGUCUGAGCAGUAUACCCACAAAUGUCUGGAGAAUGUGCACCUCACUGAAGCUCUGCAAGCAGAGAGAAAUACUCUACAGCAGUACCAGUGCCAGAACCUAGCACUUAGUGUUUACAACCAGGAGCUAAAAAAUCACCUUGCUAAUGAGAUCAUAAGACUGUCAACAGUGGCAAAGGAUGGUUGUAGUCAGCUGGUUCAUGAUGGGGAACAAUAUGAACUAAUGAUUAAGCUCCGGGUAAAAGAGUCCUGUCAGGAACAGGAAAUUGACACUUUAAAAAAUGAACUCUAUGCUGCCAAAAUGGAUCAGAAGGUUGCAUUAGAGAGAUUACAUGAAAUACAGACCGAACUCAACUUGGUCAAGGAGACGGCAGAACAACAAAUUUCACAACUUAAGGAGAAUCUGAGACUUGUAUAUGAAGCCUUAGAAGAGUCUAUAAAGAAAAAGAUGCCAACUAUGCCACUGGUUGGUUCCUCUUAGCCUGCACUAUUUAAAAGCUGACAAAUAUCAUGCUCUACUUAAUUUUUCCAACAUAUUUGUAAUGCAUUAGAUUUUUACUAGGAUACCCAUAAUGUAGUUUUGAGGAGCUAAUGAUCAGUGCAAAUGAUGAGAUUAGACAGCCUUUUUUGUACAAAGCUUUCAAGAUCUUUAGUUAGUUCACUGUUGUAGUCGAGACCUUGCAACAAAACUAAAAUGUUUUUUUUUUCCUGGGAUUUACCUCUCAGUAAGAUGACGCUGUAGUAUUAUUUACCUGCAGUAUCAUCCCCUGUUAAGAUGUCAGGACUUUGUGAUUAAAAAAAGAUUAAUAAUGUCAGACAUUUUCUGUACUUGAAGUGAAAUUACAACGUAUAAAAAUGAUUAAACAUUUAAUGAUGUAUAAGAAGUAGAAAACUGAAAUCAGGGGAAAAAAAUAAACCUAGUUAACCUUGUUGCACACCCCCUAAAUGAACACUGUUGAUGCACUUUUGAACUCCAUCUUACUAGAGCUAGUGCUGUUAUUACACCAUUCAGUAUUUUUGGAUAAGAGUCUUUCAGCAUGGUGCAUUUUGAC